AUGGCGGACCCUCAAGCACUUUUCCAGAUCAAAAGCCACCAGACGCAAGCCUCUCACCUUCGUUCAUACCGCAAGAGUUCUCGCAACGAGAACAAGCCCUUCACACUCGAUGUCAAGCAAUACAUCCCUCGCAACAACCUAAAUCCAGGAGAAGACGAUGUGACUGUCGUCGCAGCAGGAGGAAUAGGCUUCCCGAAGGAGUGCUAUGAACCACUCUUCGCCGAGAUCCUUACACGCUGCAACAGCCGAAAUCUCAACGUCCGCGGCUUCUGGAUCGCAGACUCAGCGAGCAUGGGAUUCAGCACCGUCCUCAAUUCUGGACACCUGGGCAGCGAAGUCUCCUGGUGGGACCACUCUCGCGAUCUGCUACACCUGAUCAACACCUUCCACGCGGAGAUGCCUCGCCCGCUAGUUGGUCUGGGCCACUCAAUGGGUGCUGCCCAGAUGGCAUACCUGUCAACACUGCAUCCGUCGCUGUUUACCUCACUCGUCCUCAUCGAGCCGGUGAUCUAUCCAGAAGGGCAGGUGGAAACGACACUCACGCAGAUGCGAUACAUGCUGCGGCGACCCGAGCAGUGGCCUAGCCGAGCAGCGGCUGAGAAGGCCAUUCGCAAGAGUCCGUACUACGGGAGCUGGGACCCUCGCGUGCUGGAUAGAAUUGUAAGGCAUGGCCUGCGCGAACGACAGAGUCCCAAAGCCGGUGAUAUUCGGAAAGGGCCGGAAGGCACACCGGUACGAACGGUGGCCAGCAAAGAGCUGGAGGUAGCACAUAUCAUCCGUCUGAACGAUCGAGGGGUGGGGAUGCAGGGCAACGAAGCCAUCACCCACGAAGACCGGAGGAUUAUUCCUGACAUGGAUCCGACGUGCCCUAGCGCACCGCUAUACAACCCCUUCACGCGGCAGAUGUUCUUCCUGCUGCCGACUCUGAGGCCUUGGGUGCUGUACAUUGAUGGGGAGAGCUCACCGCGAGCGACUCCAGAGAACAUCCAAAGUAGACUCGAGACGACUGGGACGGGUCAAGGUGGGUCUGGUGGCCUAAGGGCUGGGACAAUCAAGCAUCACUUUGUCAAGGGAGGGCAACAUACUAUACCGCUGGACAUGCAUCUAGGUGAAGUCGCCUGCGCGGCUGGAACUUUUAUCGCUGAGGAGAUGGGGCGGUAUCGUGAGUCGCUGGACAAAGAGGAUCCCGUUGAGGACAACGAGGUGGAGGGUAUGCCAAAGCUGGAUCCGAAGCUGUUGUAUACGAUCGAGAACUUUAAGGAGGCGAGCAAGCCGUUCAAGGGGUCGAAGCUCUGA